AUGAAUUCUUAUGAAAACUUACUAACAUGGAUUCUUCUCAUUUCAACAGUUACUUUCAGUAGAACAAGUAGUUGUCUUCCUGGAGUUAUUGGUACUUGUGGAUGUUGUGAUUCAACAAGAACAACAUGUAUUGAAAUACCAUACAAUAUUUUACCAUUUGUUACUCCAAACUAUAUGUGUAUUUCAAAUGAAAUAAUAAAAACUUUCUCAUUUACUCUUUGUAAUUGUACAUUAAAAGAUCCAGCUCUUUGCUUAUGUUUCAAUCGUACACAAUCGUUUCCAAUCUAUGAACAAUGUGAUUCAUAUACAGAAUGUGCCAUUGCUGAUAUUCAUGUCAAAGCGAAACAUGAAAUUUACAGUAAAAUUUUGUAG